AUGCUUGAGGGUGAGAAUGGGCCAGGCGGAUUUGCCGAAAAUUUUGACGGAUGGGCCCAGCACGCAUCUUGUAGGCAUACUCGGAAAAAGGGCAACAGAUGGGCCCAAAAUGUGGGACCGGGUGGGCCUGCAUACCUGAGGAUAGGCCCAGCAGUUCUGCAUGUAAUCUUGAAAAUCAUGACGGAUGGGCCCACCAUGGAUUUGAUCCCAGAAAAGGCAAAUUGGUCCAGCACAUAUGCAGACGGUCUCGGAAACAGUGAUGGAUGGGCCCAACUCCCGAGCAUUUUGACUUGGAAACAGCGACGGAUGGGCCCAAGUCUGCUGUAUUUGGACUCGGAAAAGGCGACGGACGGGCCCAAUCCCCCAUGGAUAAAAUAG